AUUAAUGGGUUACUCAAAUUACUGGAAAACUAGUUGAAUAAAUAAGCAGGCAGUUUGUGAAUAUUAGACAGAACAGUGGUGCCGAGCAUGGCUAAAGCAUCUCUGCAUUCACAGGGAGAGGAGCGGAAGACCUUCUGGUGUGGGCUGGGCUGCAAUUCACUUGCAGGAGAAACAGCCCGGGUGUGGAGAGGUGGCCAUCCUUGGCAGGAUCCUUUCUAAAGAGCCGAGAAAUCAACAUAGAGCCUCUUCUAUCUGAUUCUCUAACAACUGCAGACCUUCCAUGAGUCAAGCUUUGUGUCAAAAGGACAAAUUAAAAGGACCUAUAAAAGGCACCGCCCAGCCCAAUGGACAGAUGCCCCAGGCUGCACAUUCUGUCAGUGCUGUUCUGCAAGAGGCCCAGACACACGCUGAAACAUCCAAGGAUAGGAAGCCAGCCCUCAGGAACCACCAGGAGCACCCCCGGCCCCACACGGCCCCAAGUCCAGCCUGCCCCUCGCUCUGGUGCAGAGGUCCUGGGACACCAUCUGCAGCCCCGUCACGCCCCCCAAGGCCAAGAGCACUGGCGGCGGGGGCUUCCUCGCCCCGCCCGACGACUUCCUGCCGCCACUGCCACCGCUGCCUCCACUGGACGACCCAGAGCUGCCGCCACCCCCGCUGGAGGAUCCAGAGCUCGCGCCACCGCCCCUGGACUUCAUGGAGCCGCCCGCCCCCGGACUUCGUGCCCGCUCCCCCAGCGGUGGUCAAGAGGCCUCCUAUGCCCCACCCUCCCAACAGGCACGAAGCAUCAAUGUUCAGAACCAACACAUGA